AUGGUUACGCGCCUGGGAAAGUGGUCCCUCCUCCCCGCGGUUCUCCAGAAGCUCCAUCCCGGUUGGAAGAAAGCCCCGGUUGAUCAACAUCCCCCCGUCCCCAUCACACCCUAUCUAGAUGGGACGAUGGUGGGAUACACGUCUCUAUGGAAACGGCUUUCGCCGCGUCAACUGAAUGUCGCCAUCCAUGCCUUCUCCCUCAUCUCGAUCUUCUUCGAGGGCUAUGACCAGGGUGUCAUGGGCGGCGUCAACGCCGCGCCAACGUACGUGACAGAGGUUGGCAUCGGCACGCCAGAUGGGACUAUCACCCACACCACGCAUCAGGGUGGCAUUGUUAGCGUCUAUUAUCUGGGCGCGAUUUUCGGGUGCUUUGGCGGCGGAUGGCUUGCCGAUAGGAUUGGACGCAUCAAUGGCCUCCUCGCUGGUUCGUUAUUUGCACUUGUGGGCGGCGCACUGCAGGCGGCUGCCCAGAACUCGAACUUUAUGAUCUGCGCGCGAGUCGUGACGGGGAUUGGCACUGGUGCUUUAACUGGGAUCACUCCUGUGCUGGUCUCUGAAACAUCCUCGGCAAAUCACCGGGGUGGAUUUCUCGGCUACGUCUUUAUUGCGAAUUAUCUAGGAAUUUCGGUCGCCUACUGGAUCUCGUUUGGACUUGCCUUUGUCGAUAACGGGUAUUCAGACGUUCGAUGGCGAUUCUUACUGGCGUUCCAGUGCUUUCCGGCACUGCUACUGGUGCUGUUUAUCAAAAUGCUGCCGGACAGCCCGCGUUAUCUGGCUUCCGUUGGACGAAAGGAAGAAGCCCGUGAUCUCUUGGUUCGGAUCCGCGAGGGCCGUGCCACUCCAGAAGAGAUCGAUCGAGAAUAUCUUGAAAUUAUUACCACUGCGCGAGAGAGUAGACCUAGCUCUCCUGUGCAGUUUGCGAAGAUCCUAUUCGGAAAGGGGGGACGACCCGGUACGAAUCUAGCCCGUCGGGCAUGGCUAUGUGUCUGGCUUCAGAUCAUGGCUUCGUGGACUGGUAUCACGGCUGUCACUGCAUACUCUCCAGUUCUCCUCAAGCAGGCUGGAUACAGUGAUAUCAAGCAGAACGGUCUCGCAGGCGGGAUUAACACCAUUGGCAUCAUUGGUACCAUUAUUAGUGCGCAGAUCAUCGAUCUUUUAGGGCGCCGGGUGUGCUUGAUGGGCGGUGCUGGCGUCCUAUUCGCCGUGAAUCUGAUUGCUGGGGCAGUAUACGAAGGGUCACUCCACCAUCCUGAAAAAGCGGCUCAAUACGCGCCCGGAGCAGUCACAAUGCUCUUCUUGUUUAAUCUAGGGUAUGCGGCUACCUGGGGUACCGUCGCCUUCUUAUUGCCAACCGAGAUCUUCCCCAGCGACUUGAGAGCACAAGGGAACGGUUUCGGUAUCACUGGCUGGGCCCUUGGAGUUGGUAUGACGACGCUUGUGAAUCCGAUCAUGUUUGAUAGCCUAAAGAGUCGUAUCUACUUCCUAUUUGCAGGCCUCAAUCUACUUUGGAUCCCGAUUGUUUUCCUCUUCUAUCCGGAAACACGCAACCGCUCCUUGGAAUCGAUUGAGGCACUAUUCGCAACGCAUAGUCCAUUCUCCUGGAAAAUGGAGCAAGCCUAUAAACUCCACGGGGAUGUUCUCGCCGAGCACGGGGUUUCUAAAGGGUCCUCUGAAGCUGGUCAGAGUGAAUUGGUCUUUGCUGAAAAGGCAGAGCCGGAACAUAUCCAAGCUUGA